AUGGCUCGCGAUAGGAGCGUGUGCGUGGAGGCCAACACCGACGACGUACCUCCGCCGCCCAGGGGUCACUCGUCGCUUCGCAGUCAAUUUCGCGAGGCUCCUGCAAGCGCGCAGUCGGUCGCACAAGGCCGGUCGCUGCCGUCGUCGUCGUCCGUGCCGAGCGGCAACGCGCGCUACAUCCGCUCCACCACCACCCCCCCUCUGCGCCGACCCCCGCCCGCGCAGCCUCCUCCAGCUGAGGGGAGCGAUGGCGACGGGAACAGCAAGCCAGAACCCCAAGCGCGGGAGUUGCGCGGCAAGCAAGGCGCGCGCGAGGGUCGCGGGAGCAAGAGGAUGGAGAAUGGCGAAGGGGGAACGCGGGCGCAGGAGGGGGGGGGUGGGGGAGGCGCGCAGGAGAAGGCGGGGGUGGCGGGGGUGGCGCGCGAGGUGCUGUUCGUGAAGGGCAACGUGGCGGUGCACCCGUCCGCGUCGUCCAGUCGCAAGAUCGCGGGGCAGCUGCGCCUCGUCAAGCAUGGCGCUGACGUCUUCCUCAACUGGAUUCCCUACGAGCCCUCCUCGCCCGCAGGCACGCCUAAAGGCAUAGCGCGUGGCAGUCUGCUGUACUCCAUCCGCUCAGUGGCUGUGUCGGAGAUGCGCUCCAUCCGCCGCCACACACCGCCCUUCGGCUGGCACUACAUCAUCAUCGUCCUCACCUCAGGGGUGGCGUUCCCGCCGCUCUACUUCUACGACGGGGGGGUGAAGGAGUUCCUGCACGUGUUGAAGCAGCACGUCAUGCUCGAGCGCUCCCUGGAUGACCCCAACGUCUACAACGUCAACCAGUCCUUCGACCUCCUGCAGCAGAGGAGUCUAGCGCGCCUGCAUCUGUGGGAUCCGCCCUCCACCGACCCCGCCGAACCGCCCGCCUCCGCCAAUUUCCGCUCCAUGUCGCUCCCCGCCGCCCGCCGCCACGCCCCGCCGUUCCGCCCCUCCGCGCCCCCUGCCGCUGCAGCAGCGGCGGGUGGUGCAGCAGGGAGGGGAGGGGCGGGGGCGGGGGGGAAGUACCGUCUGGGCGAGCGCAGUGCGUCGGCGGUGGGGCCGCUGAGGGCCAGCAGGGCGCUGGGCAGUGUGAGCGAGGACGAGGGGGAGGGGGGCGAGGACGCGGAGGGCGCGGAGGGUGGCAAGGGGAAGGGGACCAAGGCAGUGCGGCGGAACAAGCUGCCCCCGUCGCUUGCCCCUCGCAGCACCGCGGUCACUCCCACCGCUUCUGAUGGCGGGGCAGUGGACGCAGAGGAGGGGGGCAAGGAAAGCGAGGGGGGAGGGGAGGGGGGCGAGGAGCAGCAGUACCCGAGUGAAGCAGAGAUGCUGCGCAUGCUGGAGGCCGCUCAUGCCCUGGCGCAGCAGCAGGCCAAGCAGAGGCGAGGGGGGAGGGCGGGGGAAGCAGGGGAGGCGGGGGGCGGGGGAGAGGGAAACGGGGAGCAGCCAUCGGAGGCGGAGAUGCUGCGCAUCCUGGAGGCUGCCAAUGAACGCGCCCUGCAGGACGCUGCCCGUGCCAGGGCGCUCUCCCACCAGCAGCAGCACCACCACCACCACCACCGGCACAGCACUCACCGCCAGCAGCCUGCUGACGUGGCAAAGGACAUCUCCAUGCAGGUGCGGGGCGAGCUGCCUGUGCUGCCAGUGCUGCUCAGAUCAGAAACACCCCUGGCCAGUGCAUGCAUGCUCAUGCCUCGCCCGUGCCUGUGCCAUCUCCCCUCUCCCCCCGCCCUCCUGCCUCUGUGUUCCCCAGGUGCUGGGGGGUUCUCCGCCGUGACGCGCAUGGCGCGUGGCAUGCUGGCCGCCGCCCCCGCCGCUAUGGGGGAGGCCAUGGGCGGGCUGGGAGGCAUGGGCGGCAUGGGUGGCUAUGAGGGGCGGCUGCUGGGCGGCAGGGAUGCGGAGGAGCGCAUGCCUGCUGCUGACGCAUGGGGGGGCGGGUGGGGGGGGGAGGAGGAGGAAGAGGAGGAGGGCGAGAGUGAGGGCAGCCUGAGCCGCCUUACCACCAUCAAGGUGCACUUCCUGCUCUUGGGGGAGGGAAUGAGGGAUGGGGGGAAGAGGGGAGUGCGGAGUCGGGGGAGCACGGAGGAGAGCACAGGCGUGGGCGAGUUUGAACUGUUGGACGACUUUCAGGACAAUUCCUCCUCCCUCGUGCCGCCUCGCCCUCUCCUGCCACCACUCUCCGCAGACGAGCCUGUCCCUGCAUCUGCUUCCAUGCCCCCCUUGCUGCCCUCCUCGCCAUCCCACACCCCGCGCCCCACCCACCAGUGGCGGGGGUAUCAGGACAGUGAGGGGCGGGUGAGCGAGGCGAACAGGGAGGCGGUGUUGCAGCGCAUCUUCUACAGCGGGAUGGACCCACAGCUGCGCUCCCAGGUGUGGCCACGCUUGCUGGGCUAUGUGCCGUGGGAUGCCAGCCACGCGGAGAGGGAGGAGCUGCGGCAGAGGCAGAUCACCGCCUACAACUCGCUACUGCUGCAGUGGCAGUACCCCAUCUCUCUUCUCUGCUCCCGCUCUCAACGCUCUGUUCCCUCGCUAUGUGCACCAUCACUCUCUCUCCCCCCAUGCUGCUGCCAUGCGGUGCAGAGUAUAAGUGAGGAGCAGGCGAGGCGGUUCACCAAGUACAGGGAGAGGUGCAGCCGCAUCGACAAGGAUGUUGUGCGCACAGACCGGCAUCUGCCCUUCUUUGCGGGGGAGGGCAAUGAGAAUCUGGAGCGGGUGCGCCGCAUCCUCAUCACCUACGCCUUCUACAACUUCGACCUCGGCUACUGCCAGGGCAUGGGAGACCUGUUAGCACCGCUGCUGAUGGUGCUGGGGGACGAGGUGGAGGCGUUUUGGGCGUUCACAGCGUACAUGGAGACCAUGGCGCCCAACUUCCACCGCGACCAGAGCGGCAUGCACGCCCAGCUGCAAGCCCUCUCCCAGCUCGUGCAGCUGGUGGACCCGCCGCUGUACGAGUACCUGGAGAGUGUGGACUGCCUCAACUUCUUCUUCUGCUUCCGCUGGAUCCUCGUGCGCUUCAAGAGGGAGUUUGAGUUCGAGGAUACAUGCCGGCUGUGGGAGGCGCUGUGGAGCUGCCACCUGUCGCAGCACCUGCACCUCUUCGUUGCUGCCGCCGUGCUUAAACGCCACCGCCGCCGCAUCAUGGAUGAACAGAUGGAGUUUGACUCGCUGCUCAAGUUCGCCAACGACCUCAGCUGCCACAUCGACCUGGACGCCGCCCUCAGAGACGCCGAGGCGCUGUGCGUCCUGUCCGGGGAGAGGGGGCAAGCAUGCAUGCCAGUGCCACCACCACCUCUGGAAGAGAUGUUUGAAGGGCCCGAGACAGGAGAAGAGGAAGUGGAUGACUGA